ACUCGGCCUAUCUCUAUCUCUAGCUCUCUACGGGAAGAAACCUCAGAACCUCCCGAUAGCCGCUCGGAGCAUCACAGCUCUCUUGUUCUCUCACUCUUCCCUAUUCAAUAUACUUUGGCAAAAUCACAGUGUUCUAGAAAACGAGCUAUGGAUGUACUCAAUGCCGCUAAUGAUCUUUUACCCUUACUACCAGAAGUACAAGAUGCCUUGAGUGAAGAUUUUGACGGUGUCGAAUGUAGUAUGGGAGCUGGUGUCGUUUUGGAACAGGCACCCUUCAGAAUGGCUUUUCCUCAUAUGGGAAGACAGGUAACCUUCGUGCCGGAUACAUCAUGCCUCGAGGAGUUUGACGGUGCAAAACUGCAUCGAAUAAACCUUGGACCAAAAAGCGCAGUGUUCACAGACGGCGAACCGGGAUGUUGUAUGGAAUUGAUUCUGGGCGCCGGAAAAGAUUGGAAAACGCCCCUUGUCAAGUUGUUCUCCAGAGUUUAUCCUAACAAAUGGGCAUUUUUCAUCACUGAACUUGAAUCGGGCCAAGCAACAUACCAUAUUCUUUCGUCAUCGCAUGGAAUGCUGAGCUCAGCAAGACGUGAAGAUACACCAGACUCAACUGAACAAUCAUCUAUGGUCAGUUCACCAACAGCUUCUGUAUCGGAUGCAACCAAUUAUUCAUUAUGGAUUGUACCGGUUACCAAAGUUUUUGCCAUUCCGGCACCGAAAAAAGUGAAAGUUGUCCGAAAAGUGAUCAAAAAGAGAACGCCUGUAGAUGGGAGUACAAAUGGAACAAAUGGAACUUCAGUUGUAAAUGGAAAUGGUACGAUGAAUGGACAUGUAUCACCUGAAGAUGGAGAGAGAAAGGUCCGUCUUGUCAAGAAGAAGCCACCAACUGAGAAGCUCGAAUCAAGUACAGAACGCGAAAUUUCACCGUUGAAUGACUUACCGAAACCUGAGUUUUCAACAAUUGCUUCGUCUGAAUCUAUGAAAACUGUAAUAAAUGGAAAGUCAGAAAGAGAAGAAGCUGGUCCAUCGAAUGAUAGUUCUGAUGGAGGAAGUGCUUCAGAACUCAGAAAGAAAUUGACUGAAAAGAUUAUGGAGCAGAAGUUCAUGGUCAAUGGAGAGCAACGAGCACUUAACGGCAAUGCAUCAUCUCGCGGACUUGGUCGUUCGAUCAGUCGUAGCAGUAUGACUCCAGACAGACGGCUUGAUCCGAUUCUUGAAGAUGGUUCCAAACAGAGACAAGCGAUUGCUUCAGCAAUUUCAGUUAAUCGACCGUCUAUUACUAGAAAUUCAGCAACUCCGCCAAUGACUCCGAAAGUCCUAGUCUCUCAUCCAUCCAAACCAAACAUUCCUGUAAUGGUCCUCCAGUUGGUACUCACCAAAUGCUUAAACUAUGAACAUCUCGGACGUCUCCGUGAAGUACAUCCACAUUGGGAUGAAAUUGCUGGACAACUUCUCAAUUCUGGUUACUAUAAGUUAUUGGAAAGGUCCGAUAAACUGCUGAUGACACUUCAAAGAAAAGUUGUCAGUGAUCCAGGUCUUCAUUACGCUACAAGUGUACUCACUAAUAUUCAAAUGCAUAUUUUGAAUCCAGUUGAUAUCAUGAGAGCGGUUCUUGAUGAAGGUGUCUGUUGUUUCCCUUAUGGAGUGAUUUUGGAUAAAACGUUUAUUUUAUUGGACAAAGUUGAAGCGAUGCUCCAUGGUUCCUAUGAGGAAGAUGUUCACUGGGAGCCUGUAGCUAAACUUGCCAAAAAAGCAGCUUCUCAUUACCGUGGAAACCUUGAACGUGUUAUGGAAGAAAGAAUGGGUGAAAAUCUUCGUCUGAAAGCUGCUCAAAGAAUCAUUCGCCUAGAAUCAUUUGUUGUAGAUGCGCAAGUUGCCAAAUUGGAAAAGGAAUCUAAUAAGGCAAAAGAAGACGUUCGUUGGGAAAUCGAUCAGCUUCAUCAAAAGAAUUCUCAACUUCGAAAAGAUAAUCGUGAAAUGAAAGCCAAUCAAAUGCGUUUGGAGGCUCGUGUCGAAGCUCUCGAGCAAAAAUUCAAGACUUUGGCAAGACUGCUCAGCUGAAAAACAAUGAAUGCUCGCUUCCACGGGUUUAAAAUUCAAUUCUUUCUUUUUUGUGUUUUAACUUAUUUUCUAUUUCUUUAUUAUUUUUAAUCAAAGUAAAAUCAAUUUAGUCAUUCUUUAUACUCAUUUCUUUACCAUUGUGAAAACGAUAAAUUUUUGUCAGUUGGAUAUUAAUUGUUAUUGAAAUAAAUAUGUUUUAUGUACCUCAGCUUGAUCACUAAUAAAAGUUUUCGAAUUUU